AUGGUUCAAAGCGCUGAUAUAGAGGAGCGGAUUUUGAUACUCAAACUUCGGCGUAUUGAACAAUUGAAUGAGAAAUUGAGAGAAAGUCUCAAGAGAGAUCGCAUCCCUGCUUCGCGUGCUGCUACACUUAUAAUUGAAUUGGCGCAGGAAACUCCUGACCCUCUUGUUCCCUCUUCUUGGCCAUUACAAUCGGAACUGAAUCGUUAUAGAGUCCAUAAUCAGCUCCUGUCUAUGCAACAAAAGACUGAAUGCUGCACUAUAAUGUGA